GGAACCUGGCACUUUUACCUCCAUGGAGCCCCUAAACCUGUCUUGGUACAACGGUGACAUCGGUGACAGGAACUGGAGCAAGCCACUCAACGAGUCCAAUGCAGACCAGAAGCCUCAGUAUAACUACUAUGCCAUGCUGCUCACCCUCCUCAUCUUUGUCAUUGUUUUUGGCAAUGUGCUGGUGUGUAUGGCUGUGUCCAGGGAAAAAGCCCUUCAGACUACCACUAAUUACCUGAUCGUGAGUUUGGCAGUGGCAGAUCUCUUGGUAGCAACUCUGGUCAUGCCUUGGGUGGUCUAUCUGGAGGUGGUUGGUGAGUGGAGGUUUAGUCGGAUCCACUGUGAUAUCUUUGUAACCCUUGAUGUUAUGAUGUGUACUGCCAGUAUCCUCAACCUCUGUGCCAUCAGCAUUGACAGGUACACAGCAGUAGCAAUGCCAAUGCUGUAUAAUACCCGCUACAGCUCGAAGCGCAGGGUCACGGUCAUGAUUGCUGUGGUCUGGGUGCUUUCAUUUGCCAUCUCCUGCCCACUCCUCUUUGGCCUCAACAACACAGAUGAGAAUGAGUGCAUCAUUGCCAAUCCUGCCUUUGUUGUGUAUUCCUCUAUCGUCUCCUUCUACGUUCCCUUCAUUGUCACCCUGCUGGUAUAUGUACAGAUUUACAUAGUGCUCCGGAAGCGCAGGAAGCGUGUCAACACCAAGCGCAGCAGCCACGGCCUGGACUCAGACACGCAAGCCCCGCUGAAGGACAAAUGCACUCAUCCAGAAGACGUCAAGCUCUGCACAGUUAUUGUGAAGUCCAAUGGGAGUUUCCAAGUUAAUAAGCGCAAAGUGGAGGCGGAGAGUCACAUAGAAGAGAUGGAAAUGGAGAUGGUGUCCAGUACCAGUCCCCCUGAGAAAACCACCAUCAAACCAGCGGCACCAAGUAACCAUCAGUUGGUUGUGCCAGUUGCUUCUAAUCAGGGCACCAACUCAACCCUGCAGGCACCCUUGGACAGUCCUGGGAAAGUAGAGAAGAAUGGACAUGCCAAAGAAACACCCCACACAGCCAGGGUCUUUGAGAUCCAGUCUAUGCCCAAUGGCAAGACAAGGACCUCUCUCAAGACUGUGAGCAGGAGGAAACUGUCACAGCAGAAAGAAAAGAAAGCCACUCAGAUGCUAGCCAUUGUACUUGGAGUUUUCAUCAUCUGCUGGCUCCCAUUCUUCAUCACUCACAUCCUGAACAUGCACUGCGAUUGCAACAUCCCCCCAGCAAUGUACAGCGCCUUUACAUGGCUUGGAUAUGUCAACAGUGCUGUCAACCCAAUUAUUUACACCACCUUCAACAUUGAAUUUCGCAAGGCUUUCAUGAAGAUCCUCCACUGUUAA